AUUUAAUCGGGAAAAGGCAAAGUACCAACGAACCCAAAACGCAGGUUUUUUGUUGGGCGUCGUUUGACGUUAAUGGUGUCGUCGUCGCGGUAACUAUAGUCUAUAGCACAUGAUAUAUGCGCCCAAUCCAGCAAUACCUCUUCGCUUCCUGCUAGUGUGCACCCUUGUUGCCUUGCGUGCGCCUGUCGCGCACCCUCCUAUCGUGCGCACCCACUCCCCCUGCCCUCCUCAAGAGACACAGGCUCCCCCUACCGCCAAAGCCACUCAUCAGAUCUCGGCUUCUGAUAAUCUCGGAGGAGCAGCCAUGUCCAAAGCUCGUGUCUACGCUGACGUCAAUGUCAUCCGCCCUAAAGAGUACUGGGACUACGAGUCCCUCACCGUUCAAUGGGGUGAUCAAGAUGAUUAUGAAGUUGUACGGAAAGUAGGAAGGGGAAAAUACAGCGAGGUCUUCGAAGGCAUAAAUGUCAAUACGAAUGAGCGCUGCAUAAUCAAGAUCCUUAAGCCUGUUAAGAAGAAGAAGAUUAAGAGAGAGAUAAAAAUUCUCCAGAACCUUUGUGGGGGACCAAAUGUCGUCAAGCUUCUUGACAUUGUCCGAGAUCAGCACUCAAAAACUCCAAGCUUGAUAUUUGAGUUUGUGAACAGUACCGAUUUCAAAGUUUUGUACCCCACACUGACCGAUUAUGACAUACGCUACUACAUAUAUGAGCUUCUCAAGGCAUUAGAUUACUGUCAUUCACAAGGAAUAAUGCAUAGAGAUGUCAAGCCUCACAAUGUUAUGAUAGACCAUGAAUUGCGAAAACUUCGCUUGAUAGACUGGGGACUUGCUGAAUUUUACCACCCUGGAAAGGAAUAUAACGUCCGUGUAGCUUCAAGAUACUUUAAAGGUCCUGAACUUCUAGUCGAUUUGCAAGAUUACGACUAUUCUCUGGACAUGUGGAGCCUGGGUUGUAUGUUUGCUGGAAUGAUAUUUCGCAAGGAACCUUUCUUUUAUGGCCAUGACAACCAUGACCAACUGGUCAAAAUUGCCAAGGUACUUGGGACUGAUGAGUUGAAUGCAUAUCUGAACAAAUACCAUUUAGAGCUUGAUCCUCAACUUGAUGCGCUUGUGGGGAGGCACAGCAGGAAGCCCUGGUCGAAGUUUAUUAAUGCAGAUAAUCAGCAUCUAGUUUCUCCAGAGGCCAUUGAUUUUCUGGAUAAACUUCUUCGGUAUGAUCAUCAAGACAGGCUAACUGCAAAAGAGGCAAUGGGCCAUCCAUAUUUCUCCCAAGUGAGGGCAGCAGAAAGUAGCAGGAUGCGGACAUAAGAGCUUUGAUAAUAUAAUGCCCCAUAUGUAGGACUAGAAUUUGUGCUAUUUGGGAGUGUUUUAUUUACUUGAAAACUCUGGCUGCCUUUGGCAAUUGUUGUAAGUUUAAUAUUGUUGAAUGGGAUUUUAUAGUAUGGUUGUCAAGUUAAUGACUUUGUUGGAUAGAAGAUUAAUUAUUUAAAGCAUGAUUUCCGUGAAUA